GCAUUGCUUUGAUUUAAUUUAAAUCUCUUGUUCCAGUAAAAAAUCCCACACUUCCCAAAAUGCUGGAAAAUCCCUCAUUAGAAUCCUUGGCCAAAAGGGAAGUGCAUUUUGUAUACUCUUAGGCAAACAAUGCAGAAAGAAUCCUACGUUGGUUUAGGAAUAAUAAUACUAUUAAGACAAGUCACAUGUGAGUGCCAUGCUGACUACAAUGGCCAUUUUAGUGACACAAAAUUAGCUCAUUCAACUUUGUGUGUGGGCAAACUUUGGCACAUAAAUGAUCAGGCAAGCUGCAGUUUGUUGCUGACGUGAUUUGUGAAAGGGCUUCAGCAGGUAAAGCUGGUUUCAAAUCUAACACAAAACAUCACAUUCUCAGUUCAGAUGCUCGUUUUGUUCUUCCUCAGCACGUGCAUUCCCAAGCAGCUUGAAAAUGAGCAAUAGUCACUGAAUUUGUGCAAUGAGGUAGUAACAAGUUCUGCUUCAUAAAAAAUUACUUUGUAAAUAGCUAUUUACAUUUCAAAAAAAAUGAUAGAGUGUUCUGUGGACUUUUUUUUGGCAAAGUAUUAUUCUGAGGCAAUGCCACACAGUUCCACAAGACUGGGCUCUUUUCAAGAAGUGUAGGCUCUCCUCUGGGUGCUGCCUCAUCCGUCACAGAGAAGUUGGCCUGGAGAAACAUCCGGCUCUUGUACUUGUUUACUGAUUAUCUUGGGCAUGUCAUUCAACCUCUCAGUAUUGCUGUAUGUACAGAAAAUUUUACAACAUCUACCUAGCAGGGAGAUUGUGAGGAUCUCCCUGCUGUUUUGUGCUCUUUUGUACAGUAUUUUAUUCAGGUGAAGUUUUAUUCCAAAAGCAAAGGUCUUAACGCCUGUAGGCAUCAAUGGCAAAUAAGUUUGAGGCAAAUAUUCUAUGUUGAUUAUGCAAGAAAAUUGUUAUUUGAAGCCAGUGGGAGUGCUUUUGCAUAUUUCAUUCCAGGUUGGUACAAACUUUACUGAAUUCAUAGGCAAUGAGUAUGAAUAUACUUGAUUGUACUUCAGGCUGUAUAAAAUCAGCACAAAGAUAAUACUAGCAGAAGAACGACACCCUAUGAAGCAUGUAAAACCCUUGUCAAGCUCCACACAGAAAAGCCUUGCUGUUGGUGCAUGUAUUCAGACAGUGUAUUGUGUCAAGGGUACAGUGACAAGGGACAAUUCCAUCUCCAGUGGUCCGACUGGAAAUGUGAUGGUUUCAGUGUGCCUCAUGUCUGGUAGGUUUGAGUAUGCUAAACAAAACCUCCUCAGUGAGGGAGAUGCAUAUUGGCAGAGAAAAACUGCUCAGGGUCAUGGCUGCUUUCCUCUUCUGGUAAGGGGUGUCACUAAACUGGUGGGUGACACUGGAUUAAGGGACUGCAGGCUGAAUGUGACCUUCAUACUUGCUGAAGGAGAAGUUGACUGUACAAGCUGCUGAGAACCUUCACAUCUUUUUGGUGCCAGGCACAUAGUCUGAGUGCGGCAACAUUAUCCCUUGUAUGCUUUCUGUCUCCUGGGGGGCGGACACUGCCCCACAGUUCUUGCCCAGGUCCUGCUGGAGACCUAGGCCUUGGUGUCCACCCACAGCUGCUGCUCUAGGAACCCCUUCAUGGCCCGGUAGCAGCCAAGCUACUCUGCUGGAACAGAGGGAAUUUUAUUUUUGGUGGUCUGGAUGAAAGUUCAGUUUACUUUGCAUUAGACUUUAAGCGAGCAAACAACGUCUGCUCCACUUCCUCGUCUGUCCUAUAAGAAUAUUAGAUUACUCUCUACUAAAGGGAAGUUAAGGAAGUAAAUUACGGCUGACUGAGUCCUUUUGGUGUCCAUGCAGGUACGCAGCCAAACAGCUGUGUUGGAGCCCAGAUGAACGGUGCCCUUCCUGUCACGAGUACCUAAGACAUGCCACUUCUUAUGACCUGCUUUAUAGACUAACCAAGCUUUGGUUGUAUUGGUCUAGAUGGAAGAAGGAACAAGGCUGUAUGUAAAGUGGGUGCUAGUACUAUUGGGGACUCAAUAAGUAAUAUUUUCCUCUUGAUCUAGCUUUUGUUAAUGCCCUGAGAAAAUUUUUAGGUGGUAUUCUCCUCCCAGAGGUGCUGGCUUAAAAGAGAAGUGAGACUUAAGUACUGAGAUUUGUCAUUGCAUAUUGAACCAUUUUAUGAGUGCAGAUAUGAUAACCCUAAGGUUCUGUUUGAGCUCCAAAUUAGGUAAUUUCUUAGCGUUUCUAAACUUUCUCUCCAGGUGUAGCUACACACAACAUUAUCCUGUGCUUUCACAAACUGUUGCAUGUCCUGGCUUUGUGCUGUUGAACAGCUGCAGCGUCCACCCCUAGGAGUUAUGGCGCUGAGCCUUAUCCUUGUCCACUUCACCAGCAAUAUGUGGCUUCAUUAAGAUUUGCAUUCCUUUUUUGCUACUUCAGAAAUGCUUUAAUCAAAAAACUCAUUGUUUUGAAAGCAGCUUUCUGGGUCUCAGUCAUUAAAGCCUACAGGAUCACGGUCCAAAAAGCCUAUGUGUAAUUUAAGAAAGGUAUUCCUUCUAGCUCCUGCCUAAUAUAGGAAGUAACUGACCCCACAGCGUGCGUCUCUUGAAAAGUAUUUCCAAUUUUUUUGAUGUAUAUAUAUGUUAUUUCCAAAGUUAAUAAGCAAUUUAUUAAACCUUAGAUCUUCCUACAUGGUGUUUGACUUCAAAACAGUUAAGCCAUGAAGCUGAUUGUUUGAAGGAGAUUUUGACUGCAGUCCUUCUGUGAGAAGGUACGAGCAAGAACAUUGUAAUUGAUUCUUGAAGCUUCCCAGCUAAUUUGCCCCCGGGUUAUCAGCAAGACAUUGCAUUGCUAUGCCUCAGCUAAGCAGGAGGUGUAAGUAUUGCAUGCUUGAAACAGAAAUGUCUCUGUGAAACUGCUAGUGACUAACUGUUGGGUCCUUCUCGAUGGUGGAUGGUCAGGAGCAACUUCAGUGAAUUUGCUGAAUUUCCAUGUGCACCGCGGCUGCUGCAGCUCCUCGCUGUGGUGUGACUGAUGUCCUUUGUAUUGUUUGUUCUCUCUGUGCUGUCAAACAGGACGUACAUGGAAGCUUAUCAUAAUGUUUUGGCAGACUCUCAGCCAGUUAGCCAAGCACCGCACUGGCAGACACCCUGUUUAUCAGCAGCAUCUCUGCGACUGCUGGCAAGCCCGCCGGGCUUUUGAGGGUAAAGAGUCUAAAAGGUGCCGGCCUCACAUGCACGUUACGAACAAGCAGCGCGACCUCUCCCCGCCGCUUUGCGGGGCGCCCCAAAGCAGCACGUCGGAGGCGGGGAGGGCGACGAGCCCGAUCCCCGGAACGCCGUCGCAAGCCCCGCGAUCCGCACUGACGGGGCGGCCGCGUCGGCCGCGUCGGGCGGGAGGCCGGGCAGCCGGCGGGAGCGGGCAGCCGCGCUCCGCUCCGCACCGCAGGGCCGGGCAGGGCGCCGCAGCCUCCGCUUUCACGCCCGCCUUGCCCCUGCCCCGCCGGUGCGGUCGCCGUGAGGGAGAGCGGGGCCCGAAUGCUGCUCCCGCCGCGCGGCUGCCUGGCAGGCGGCCGGCGGGCAAGGCGGGCACGGCGCCCUUGGAGCGUUCAGCGCGCGACCGUUGGAGCCGUUAGCACCCGGCCGUUGGGGCCGUUAGCGCCCGGCCACUGGGGCAGUCGGCGCCCGGCCGUUGGAGCAGUUAGCGCCGUCGCAGUCGGACCUCCUCUCGGCCGCGACAUGUUCCGCGCAUCCCGGACAAAACGUGAACAGGAAACAUCCUGGAAAUGUGGGUCACGAUUCCCCAGGAAGAGCUCCCGGCCGCAGCUCGCAGCCCGCUUUAUUUUCGCACAGGCUGAGGGGGGCCGUGGCCCCGGCCCCCGCCCCCGCCAGCUCCUCUCAGAGGUCCCCGCCGCAGGGCGUCGGGCAAAGCCCCGCUCACACACCGAGCUUUUGGCAGAGAGCUGGGCGCACACCGCCGCACUAGGGGCUGCCCGGGCCCGCCACCAUUGCUGCAGAAAAUACCCGGUGCCCGGGGGGUGGGUGCUUCACCGGACGGACAGCCCGUGGCGCUGCGAGGAGACAAAGACCGCGGCGGGCAGGAGGGACCCGGCCGAGGGUAGCAUCUGCUGCGGGGGUUGGCGGUCCCAAGGCCUCCAGCGGCCCCGCUCGCCUCUCGCCUGGCCUGGGGCAGCGCGGCCGGACCGGGGCCACAGCCGCCGCGUGCCGCCGGCGAUCCCGCAGCCCACGCCCAGCCCGGCGGGGUCACGGCGCAGCGGGCUCGGCGGCGCGCAGGCGCACAGCGCGCCCGCGCCUCCAACAUGGCUGAGAUGGUGCCGCUUGUCCUGCGGCGGGCGCGCCGGGGAGGAUGCUGAGCCGCCCGGGAGCCGCCGCCGCCGCCGCCGCAGCAGGGGUGGCGAGGCCCGAGACGGGCCCCUCUCAGCCAUGGCCAGGCUGGCCGACUACUUCAUCGUGGUGGGCUAUGACCACGAGAAGACAGGCCCAGCAGAAGGUUUGGGAAAAAUAAUACAAAGAUUUCCUCAGAAGGACUGGGAAGAUACUCCUUUUCCACAGGGAAUAGAGUUGUUUUGCCAACCUGGAGGAUGGCAGCUUUCAAAAGAGAGAAAACAGCCAACGUUCUUUGUGGUGGUUUUGACUGAUAUAGACUCAGAGAGACACUACUGUUCCUGCUUAACUUUCUAUGAAGCAGAGAUUAAUCUGCAGGGAACAAAAGAAACUGAAGGUGAAGAGGAGUCUGGUUUAAUUCCGCCUGCUGAAGUAUUUGCUCCUAAAAGUUUGGUGUUGGUGUCCAGACUAGAUUAUCCAGAAAUUUUCAGGGCAUGCCUGGGACUGAUCUAUACUGUGUAUGUGGACAGCCUGAAUGUGUCACUGGAGACUCUCAUUGCAAAUCUCUGUUCAUGCCUUGUCCCUGCUUCUGGAGGGUCUCAGAAAUUGUUUUCUUUGGGAGCUGGAGACCGACAACUGAUACAGACUCCUCUACAUGAUAGUCUUCCUGUUACAGGCACCAGUGUGGCUCUUCUCUUUCAGCAACUGGGAAUCCAAAAUGUACUCAGCUUAUUCUGUGCCGUGCUUACAGAAAAUAAGGUUCUCUUUCACUCUGCAAGUUUUCAGAGGCUUAGUGACGCCUGUAGGGCUCUGGAGUCUUUGAUGUUUCCCCUCAAAUAUAGUUAUCCCUAUAUUCCAAUUCUUCCUGCACAGCUAUUGGAAGUUCUCAGCUCACCAACGCCUUUCAUAAUUGGUGUACAUUCUGUCUUUCGUAAUGACAUUCAUGAACUUUUAGAUGUAAUCAUUGCAGACCUGGAUGGAGGCACAAUUAAAAUUCCUGAAUGUAUUCAUCUCUCUCAGCUCCCAGAGCCACUGCUACAUCAGACUCAGAUGGCACUUUCUCUAGUUUUGCAUCCUGAUUUGGAAACAGCAGAUUAUGCAUUCCCUCCCCCACGAACAGCUUUAUCGCACACAAAAAUGCUGGAUAAAGAAGUGCGAGCAAUCUUCCUUAGGCUAUUUGCACAACUUUUCCAAGGAUACCGGUCAUGCCUUCAGCUGAUCAGAAUUCAUGCUGAACCAGUCAUUCAUUUCCACAAGGCAGCCUUCUUGGGCCAGCGAGGCUUAAUUGAAAAUGACUUUCUAACCAAAGUUCUCAAUGGAAUGGCAUUUGCUGGUUUUGUGUCAGAGAGGGGUCCUCCCUUUAGAGCCUGUGACCUUUUUGAUGAGUUGGUAGCCUUUGAAGUUGAAAGAAUUAAAGCUGAGGAAGGUAAUCCACCAAAAAUGAUAAAACAUGUUAGAGAACUUGCAGAACAACUCUUCAAAAAUGAAAAUCCCAAUCCCCACAUAGCAUUCCAGAAAGUGCCACGGCCCACAGAGGGCUCCCACUUGAGGGUUCACAUCCUCCCAUUUCCCCAGAUCAAUGAGUGCAGAGUGCAGGAGCUGCUCCAGGAAGGCCUUGCAAGGAGUCAGGGCGCCCCCCCUGCCACUCGGGGAGACAAGAAGUGCGUCGUUCCAGCAGGUCCCCCUGUUGUUUCCAUAAUGGAAAAAGGAAGCACAGUUUUCAAUAGUGCACAAAGGCUGGAAGUUGUUAGAAACUGCAUCGCAUUCAUUUUUGAAAAUAAGUUUUUGGAGACUGAAAAGACCCUGCCUGCAGCCCUGAGAGCCCUAAAAGGAAAGGCAGCUCGGCACUGUCUCACACAGGAAUUAAGCCUGCACGUUAAACAAAAUCGAGCAAUUCUGGACCAUCAGCAGUUUGACUACAUAGUACGAAUGAUGAACUGUGCUUUGCAGGAUUGUUCAUCUUCAGAAGAAUGCAUUGCUGCAGCAUUGCUACCCCUGACAACUGCUUUCUAUAGGAAAUUAGCACCUGGAGUUAGUCAGUUUGCUACCUGUGUACAAGACCAUCCUAUCUGGACUAACCAGCAGUUUUGGGAAACAACCUUCUAUGGCAAUGUGCAAAAUCAAGUUCGUUCCCUCUACCUUACAGCCAAAGAAGACAACCAUGCAGUACAAUUGAGACAAAAGGAGAAAAGUUCUGUAGGUCUGGACCACGAUAAGACAGCAAUGGACCUGGCUGCUGAACAGUUGCGAUUAUGGCCAACGCUUAAUAAACAAACUCAGCAGGAACUAGUCCAGAAUGAGGAAAGUACAGUUUUCAGCCAGGCAAUUCAUUUUGCUAACCUCAUGGUCUACCUGCUAGUACCGCUGGAUACAAGUAAGAACAAGUUAUUGAGAGCAUCAGCUACUGGUGACUGGGAGAGUGGAAGUAAUAGUAUUGUCACAAACAGUAUUGCAGGCAGUGUUGCAGAGAGUUAUGACACUGAAAGUGGGUUUGAGGACUCUGAGAACAAUGAUGUGGCCAAUGCAGUUGUACGCUUCAUCACCAGAUUUAUUGACAAGGUUUGCACAGAGAGCGGGGUUACACAGGAUCACAUCAAGGGUCUUCACUGCAUGAUACCAGGCAUUGUAGCAAUGCACAUAGAGACCCUGGAGGCUGUCCAUCGUGAGAGUAGAAGGCUUCCACCAAUACAGAAGCCCAAAAUUCUACGACCAGCUUUACUGCCAGGAGAAGAAUUUGUUUGUGAAGGACUCCGUGUGCUACUGGAUCCUGAUGGCAGAGAGGAAGCUACAGGAGGACUGCUUGGAGGUCCUCACAUCCUCCCUGCUGAAGGAGCUUUGUUCCUUACCACCUACAGAAUUAUAUUCAAAGGCACUCCUCAUGAUCAGCUGGUGGGAGAGCAGGCGGUGAUCCGGAGCUUUCCUAUUGCAUCUGUUACAAAGGAGAAGAAGAUCACUAUACAACAACCAGUUCAGCAGAGUAUGCAAGAAGGACUGCAGAUCACUUCAGCUACCUUUCAGUUAAUUAAAGUAGCAUUUGAUGAAGAAGUAAGUCCUGAAGUGGUGGAAAUAUUUAAGAAACAGCUAAUGAAGUUCCGCUAUCCUCAAUCUAUCUUCAGCACUUUUGCAUUUGCAGCUGGGCAAACAGCACCACAGAUAAUUUUACCAAAGCAAAAAGAAAAGAACACUUCAUUCCGUACCUUCUCAAAAAGUAUUGUGAAAGGAGCAAAACGUGCUGGGAAGAUGACAAUUGGUCGCCAGUAUUUAUUAAAGAAGAAGACAAGCACAAUAGUGGAAGAAAGAGGGAAUCGUCCAGGCUGGAACGAAGAUGAUGAUGUCUCUGUUUCAGAUGACAGUGAGCUGCACACAAGUGGUACCCUAAAAGCUUCAGAGAAGUCAACAAUGGAGCAAUUAGUAGAAAGAGCCUGUUUCAGAGACUAUCAACGUUUGGGACUAGGGACCAUCAGUAGUAACACUUCUCGAUCAAAACCAGAAUACUUAAGAAUAACUGCAUUGAACAGGAUGUAUUCACUUUGCAGGAGUUAUCCUGGACUUCUGGUAGUACCUCAGUCAGUUCAAGACAGCAGUCUGCAAAGAAUUGCUCGCUGUUACCGUCACAAUCGCCUACCAGUUGUGUGUUGGAAAAAUACGAAAAACAGUACUCUUCUACUUAGGUCAGGGGGCUUUCAUGGAAAAGGUGUUGUUGGCCUCUUCAAAUCUCAAAACACACAUCCUACAGCUCCUGCUUCUUUAGAAUCUUCAAGCAGUAUAGAACAAGAAAAAUACCUACAAGCCUUACUUAAUGUGAUAUCCGUCCACUGCAAAAUGAAUGGCAGUAAUACUCUCACUGUUAGACCAACAAUUGCUCUAUCUCCAGGCACUGAAAGGAGGGCUUCAAGAAUGUCUACUGUUUUUAAGCAGGUAGUGCCAGGACAUUUGGAUGUAAAUCUAUCCAAUAGCUUUGCUCGAGGAGUGCUUGGGUACAGAGAUAAAUGUUUCACUCAUUCAAAUUCCAAAUCAGCAACUAAGGGAAGAGUCCAUCAAGGUGUAUGGGCAAGUCUUCGUUCAAGCAACCGAUUUAUCAACGCUCAGACUCCAUUCAUUGAUGUUGGUGCAAGACUUGCAGGCAAAGACAAUACCACUUCCUACAGUAGCAGCACUUUUUUGCAAAGUCAGCUUUUGAGACGUCAAGCAGCCCUCUAUAUAUUUGGAGAAAAAUCUCAGUUACGGGGCUUCAAACUUGAUUUUGCUUUGAAUUGUGAAUUUGUUCCUGUUGAAUUCAGUGACAUCCGACAGACAAAGGCAAGCUUUAAAAAGCUGAUGAGAGCUUGUGUUCCCAGCACUAUUCCUACAGAUUCUGAGGCAACAUUCCUAAAAGCACUUGGGGAGUCAGAGUGGUUCCCACAGCUUCACAGGGUAAUGCAAUUGAGUGUGAUCAUCUCAGAGCUCCUGGAAAAUGGUUCUUCUGUUAUAGUUUGUUUGGAAGACGGCUGGGAUAUUACCGCACAAGUAGUAUCUCUAGUGCAGUUACUCAGUGAUCCCUUCUACAGGACACUUGAAGGCUUCCGAAUGCUGGUGGAAAAAGAAUGGCUCUCUUUUGGUCAUAAAUUCAGUCAACGAAGUAAUCUGACUCUCAAUUGUCAGGGUAGCGGAUUUGCACCUAUUUUCUUACAGUUCUUAGACUGUGUGCAUCAGAUUCAUAGUCAAUACCCAACAGAGUUUGAGUUCAAUCAGUAUUAUCUGAAGUUUCUCGCUUUUCAUCACAUAUCAAAUCGAUUUAAAACAUUUCUUCUGGAUUCAGACUAUGAAAGACUAGAACAUGGGACAUUGUUUGAAGAUAAAGGAGAUAAACAUGCCAAAAAAGGAAUUUGUAUUUGGGAAUGUAUCGAAAAAAUGCACAAAAGGAGCCCUAUUUUUUUCAAUUACCUCUUUGCUCCUACUGAAAUAGAGGCAUUGAAACCAAAUGUAAAUAUGUCCAGCCUCAAAAAGUGGGAUUACUACGUAGAAGAGAUUUUGGCUACAGGUCCUUCUUAUGACUGGACCAUGGUGACUGCAAAAUGCAGUGCUUUAGAGGAAGCUGAACAAAUGGAUGGUUCAGUCUCUCAGACUAAGAGGAAAAUAGUAUGGCCAUGUUACGAUGAUGUUAAAAAACUACAACCUGAUGCCAUCAGCAGCCUUUUAAAUGAAAUAGAAAGGUUGGAAAGUAAAUUAAAUCAGAACCCAGAAAGAUGGCAGCUUUUGUGGGAAAGGGUUAAAAUGAAUCUAAAGGAUGACACCAGACAAGACAAUCUUCGGCGACAUCCUUCUGGCUCCUCAGGGAUGAUGUCAGUUAAUCUACAUUCCUAUCAGAAGAGGUCUUUGUUGGAAAUACCUGACAAUGGGCUGGGUGAGGAACAGAGUGCAAGCAUCUCUCCCUCCAAUGGAGUAGAUAGAAGAGCAACUACACUAUACAAUCAUUUCACAUCAAAGAAUGAUGAAAAUAGAUCUUUUGAAGGUACGCUAUAUAAAAGAGGAGCUUUGCUGAAAGGUUGGAAGCCUCGCUGGUUUGUGCUCGAUGUGACAAAACACCAGUUACGAUACUAUGACUCUGGUGAAGAUACAAGCUGUAAAGGACACAUAGACCUUGCGGAAGUAGAAACAGUGAUUCCUGCUUCUCCAACUAUUGGAGCCCCGAAACAUGCAAGUGAAAAAGCAUUUUUUGAUUUGAAGACAAACAAACGUGUGUAUAAUUUUUGUGCCCAGGAUGCACAGAGUGCUCAACAAUGGAUGGAUAGGAUCCAGAGCUGCAUUUCAGAUGCUUAGAAACGUAUAACAUUCCAUAAUCAAGACAUGGUUUAAGCACCUCUUUUUGUAAGAAGAUAUGUUCUGAAAUGUUGUUGAUGGACAAUGAGCCUUUCUUACAUUUCAGCCACAAACAUUCUUAAUAUGCUGAAGUUCCUAUUCUGUUCAAUAAUGAUAACCGCUUAUUGCUCUUUUUUUUUUUUCUCUCUCUGCAGGGAGGACUUUGAAAAAUAAUAAUCCAUGUAUCCUUAAUUUCCACUUUCUUCAGUACAAUUCCUAGCUAUAAAAGUGAGCCAUAUUUGCAUUUUCUAAUCCCAGUUUUCUCAUUUCAGAGUUACUCUGAUAGGAAACCUGUCCAAAGUAGAUUGCAGAAAGUUUCCCUCCAGCAGAAAGUCUGUUUUCACCUUAUUUAUAUAUUUAAACAGAAAGUUCUUACUUCCAAGCUAGUCAUUAAUGAGGGAACAUGUCUACAAUUCCUAAAAAUAAAUAAUCAAACAAAGCUUAUAAGUCCAGUGACAUAUAUAUCAGAUUGCCAAUGUUUAGACAGUUGAUAUUUUUUUAAGACCAAAAAGUGAAAUUGCCUGAUAACAGAUUUUCAAGUGUCUUCUCAGCAUGCAGGCCAGUCUCUAAUCUUGUGCUCUACAGAGUGCUUCAGCAAUGUUGUUACGGUAUUUCAGGUUCUAGGGAUUAUUUGAAGAUCAUAGCACUUUCUUUUUUAGAUUCUGUUUGCUAUUAUGAUGGAAUAAAUGAGAGGAAACUGGCUGACUCUGUCCAGGAGAAACAGAAAACAACAAACUAGGAAUUCAGUAGAUCUCUUAAGUGUGAGUUGUAUAUGUUAAUUUAUACGCUGUUCUGCUCACUGUAAAAUAAAAAAAAAUAACAAACAUGAUGAUGCACUAAACAGUGAAGCAAGCACUUGCACUGAAAUCUUUAAAAUACUCACAUUUUGAAUGACAGAGGUAAGUUAUUUAUAGCAGAACAAUACUAGCUAGUUAACAACAUUUACAGAUAUUAAAUAUGUACAUAAUCGGGUUUGAUGUGUUGUGAUUUGAUACUUUUAAAACAUUUUUUGCACAUAAAUUGUAAGACUUUAUAGAUUUUUACAUUUGAUAAAAUUGUGUUUGUUCAGCUUAAAAUCUUGGAGAAAUGUUUUUAAUAACCCCAAAUUAUUAGAAAUUUUACAGUCUACAAAUAGUGAUGAUAUAGAGUAGAAUCUUUAGGUAAUUGUUUUUAUUUUGAAAUGUUAAUAUGUUGAAUAGCACACUAAUAUUACAAAAGGUUUGUAUAUAUGAUUCAGUAUUUUCUCAUUUUUUCAGACAUUCUGCUUAUAAUUUAAUAUCAGCCUAACCAAACUGACUCUACGUAAUAAGAUUUUUCAGUUAUUAAAUUGUUGUUUUUUUUAUAACUAAUGUAUUUUGUCAGAAAUUAAUAUAAAUUUCUCACUUCACAUACACAAUAGGAAAUGCAGCUGUUUUUAAUGCAUUUGCAAUUUCAAAACAAGAAAAUGAAGGAUUUUUCUAGCAUUUUUCAAUUGACAAAUUUCCACCUGUGACAAUGGUGUUUGCACAUUUGUAUGUUACUUUGUAUAUGAAGUACUUUUAUAUGUACUUUGUAAAAUACUGGUCCCGCUCUUAGGUUAUAUAAAAAUUUACAUACCACCUCUUAUUUUGUAACUAGUUCAUUUUAACUCUUGUAUGUUAUGUGAUAUAUGUAUGCUAACCAUCUUGUAAUAAAUACACUUCUUUAGUAAAACCCUUCCUUUUACUGUAAAAAUGAACUAAGCAAGACCCACAUGUUGAAAUAUUUCCACAGACACAAGACAAAUCCUUACUUACUCUGUAUUAAGAAUAGUGUGGUCUUUUGUGUCCGUGUAUACACCCUUACAUAAAAGUUGCAUGUGAGCAUCCUUAACUCAAAUACUUCUUAGCAGUAGCACUGAAGAAAUCAGAGUUUAAAGCAAAGUUACCAUUCUAACAAGUCUCAAUGUAUGGCCUUUACUAAAAAGGCUAAAUACGUAAUGUUCAUACUAAGUUUUUGAAUAAUUAUGUUAAAUAUAACAAAAAACAAAAAAAUCCUAUAUGGUAUCACAACAUGGAACAGCCACAUUCUUUCUCCCUUAAACGUAUCUUGCUCAUUUAUCUCAUCUUAUGCAUGUGAUCUAGUUCAUAAGAAAUAUAAGAAAUGACAAGAUCUUUCAUGAGAAUGUGCGUCUAAAUUGAAUUCCUGAGUGUAGUGUGAGAUAGCAGAGUUACAAUGGAAAGGGAAUGUGUGAUGGAGGUAGGGGACCUGUGACAAUUCUUAGAUGCUGUGGUGCUUAGAUGAUAAGGUUUUCAUAUUGAGCUUGGAAUGAAAGCUAAUGUUGCCUUAAAUGUUGAUCUCAAUUUUUAGUGUCUGUAUUGAUGGAAAAUUGACUUGAGCAACUUAACUUAAAAAUAUCCAAAUAAAAGCUGAAACAAGA